AUAAGAAUUUUUAUUUUCCCUUCUGAUGAGACUCACUUUCUUUCUUUAACUUAAUAAUCGUUCCAUGGCAUCUUCAAGCAAAGACAUGGAUCGGGUCAAGGGUCCAUGGAGCCCCGAAGAGGACGAAGCGUUACAGAGGCUAGUUCAAGCACAUGGUCCCAGAAACUGGUCCUUGAUAAGCAAAUCGAUUCCUGGUCGAUCGGGAAAAUCGUGCCGUCUACGGUGGUGCAACCAGCUCUCGCCGGAGGUGGAGCAUCGUCCCUUCACGCCGGAGGAGGACGACACCAUCAUUAGAGCGCACUCCCGGUUCGGUAACAAGUGGGCCACCAUAGCUCGCCUCCUUAACGGUCGCACCGAUAACGCCGUUAAGAAUCAUUGGAACUCAACUCUCAAGAGAAAAUGCUCCGCCGUUAGCUCCGACGAUCGUCAACCUCUUAAAAGAUCCGCCAGUGUCGGCGCGGGAUAUUUAAACCCGGAUAGCCCGUCAGGCUCCGAUUUGAGCGAUCCGGGUUUACCCGCUUUGUCGUCGCCAUCGGGCUCCGCCCAAGUUCAUGUUUCCAGGCCCAUUAAGACGCAGUUGGUCGAAACCGCGUCUUCGGCCAACGAUCCAGCCACAUCUUUGAGUUUAUCUUUACCCGGGUUGGAAUCCGGGUCCGGGUCGAACCCAGUGACGGUGGCGAAACAAGCGUCACCGGCGGCGGUUCAUAACGGCGAGGAGCGUGAGAAGCAGUUGUUUAACGCGGAGUUUUUGAGGGUGAUGCAAGAAAUGGUUAGAAAAGAGGUGAAGAGUUACAUGUCGGAGAUUGAACAGAAUGGGCUAAGAAUGCAUACAGAAGCGAUUGGAAACGCUGUGGUGAAGCGUAUGGGAAUUAGCAACGUCGAGUGAAGGAAGAAGAAGACGGUGAUGGUGGUGGUGUUACUUCGAGAUGCGAAUCUGCCAACUGGACAUGAAUUGAGUAGAGAGAGACGGUGUUUUUUUUCUUCUUUUUUUAGUUUAAUUUUUAUCUUAAUUUUAAUUUCCCUUUUCUCAAGGGUAAAAAAUAGAAAUAAUUUUGGCACUGUACAGAACCGCAUAGCUGGGAUUUCAGAACAGAACGAUAAUCAUUCAAAUAGUGCUUUUUGUUAAUUUGUUAAAUGUCCCAAGUGAUGAGCAAUUACAAUGGUAAAUAAAAGUUAGUUAUACAAGAAUUGUUAGGAAUGGGUCGUGAGCAAUGGAUGUUAGCGGAUUGAUGUUUAUGUUAUUGAAAUAAAAGGU